UGUUCUGUAGUGUGCGUAGUCUAUUGUGUGUGUGUGUGCAGGGUGGUCUACCUGUGUAUGUGCUCUAUCUGUGUGUGUUGUGUCUGCCUGUGUGUUUGUGGUCUACCUACACCAGUGUUGUGUGUUCUCUGUGUGUCCCACCUGUGUGUGUGAGCGUCUACCUGGAUGUCCAGGGAACACACACCUUUAUCACCUCUGCUUGAGUGCUGGGGAACAGGGGCGGGGCUUGUUAACACAGGUGUGCAGUGCUUGUUAACACAGGUGGGCGGGGCUUGUUAACACAGGUGGGCGGGGCUUGCAUGAGUAGAGCUUCAGGGUUCAGGACACACACCUACCUACUCGCAAGAUGUGUGACAUCACUAUCACAACAAAGCCUUAUAAAAACCUUGUAUUGUAGAUUCACGGACCACAGUUCACAAAUUAUUCACACAUUAUAAUAGCCUGCAAUUGUGCCUACUCCCUGUGGUUAUCCAACUUCCUCCCGCCCAGUAGGUGACCCUAAUAUAUCAAUACAAAAUAACCGAUGAUGAUACACAAACAGGAAGAAGCUGGUGUUUACAUCUGACUGUCUUUUGGUUUCAUUUCAUUUUGCGGCCAGGCUGGAUUUUCACGUAUAACAUAUCAUUUCAUGACAGAGAAGACCUUCGGAAAACUGCUUAAAAUGGAAGACUAUAGUGUUUCCCGUAUGAUCUUGAUUGUCUUGUCGGUGCUCGUGUAUAUUGCUACUAUGGUCGUUAACAGUCUUGCUGGAGCUGGCAAAGGUCCGUUCCACACUAGCACAGGGAACGUGUCUAAGCAGUAUGAGACAGAUGUAACUCCUGCAGGCUGGACCUUCUCUAUCUGGGGCCUCAUCUACAGCUGGCUGACUGCCAUGGUACUCUACCUGGCUGCCAGCCUCUUCAGAGGGUAUUGGAGCCAGGCUGUGCUGCCCUAUGGGUUCUACGUCUGCUGGGUCUCCAACAUGGUGCUCAACAUGAUGUGGCUGCUGAUCUGGGACAGAGAGCUCAUGUGGGCUGCCCUGGUGGUGCUGGUUCUGAUGGUUGGAACCAACUGCUGCAUGGUGCUGUUCUCCUGCUACGCUGUGGAUCUGUACGGAGUCUGGCUCAGACACACACACCCCAGAGACCUGCUGUGCCUGCGACUGCUGGUCCAGAACGGCGUGUCUCUCUACACCACGUGGACGUGCAUCGCCACCCUGCUGAACCUGUCUGUGGUGCUGGGUGUGGAGGGCGUGGCCCGGGGCACAGCGGGGACCGCCUCCCUGUGUGCUCUGCUGCUGCUAGUGCUGGGCUGGUUCAUCCUGGAGAACUUUGUUCUGGAUCGCUACGUCCGCUACAUCCUGACCAUCUACCCUGUGGUCAUCAUCGCUUUGGGGGGAAUCGUGUCCAAGCAGUACCAACCUGGCAACCCCUCCGCCAACGCCGUCUUCUCCGUGGUUCUGCUGGCUCUGGCCUGCAUCCUGUUCCUGGUACGUGUUGCCAUGGUGAUCUGGAGAAACAGGAAGCAGCCUUUGUAUUCGGGCAUGUCCUCGGAUCACAUGACCUCACCGAUGAUGUCACCUGAUGCCUCGACCAAUAUGAAGAGAAAGAUCUUUAUGUAGGGCGAACAUGCAUUCAUGUCAGUACUAUCAACCAGUCUCCUCUCCCCCCUACCUCCUCCUCCUCUCCCCCCUACCUCCUCCUCCCCUCCCCCCUACCUCCUCCUCCUCUC